ACAGCUUCAUUGCCCUUCUCUGGAUACACACCAGGGCCUCCAUGUCUUCUUGUAGUGAAGGGCUUAAAACUGGGGACAGAGAGAUUGUUAGAAUUGUCAGCGCAGUGCAUUCUGUGUAGAAACACACACCUACAUACCCCAUGAAUAAAGCGUCUUAAUCUUUAGUGCUGGGAUGAGAAUAUUGCUGUGAGAUGACAAAGUCAAAUGUGACAUCCAUAACUGCUAAAUCUUUGUGGAACUGGUGUUUCUCAGGUGUCUGCUCGGAAGCUGUCUGUCCUCUUCCAGAAGCACAAACAAAUCAGACUGUGAAAAACUGUAGAUUUUAUUAUUGUUGUUGUUGUCCUUUGGACACCAUCUUAUUUCAGAUCUUCAGAAUCUUAAAAUGACAGGCUUACUGUCUGAAUGGUCUUGGGUCUAAAAGUAAUAGGGUGUUUUUCCGCAUCAUAAGCUCCUCUAAUAGAGGUCUGUAAAACAGCACAGGAAUAAUAGGGAAAAACAUGGGUUUCUUAGUUCUCCAGCGGUCAGUGCCUCAAAGGAGAUCUGUAUUACAUCAGGCAGGUCAAAAUGAGGGGCGGGCAGUGGGUACAGCUGCAGGUGCAGGGCAGCCUAUGGCACUGGGCUUCACUGCAAGGAAGCAGCUCAGGGAACCAGGUAGAAAAACAGGCAAAACUGAUAGAGCCGACUGAUCUAGAUCUGGUGCCAGUUUAAAGUACUCCUCCAGGAGCUUUGAGAUCCCUAUCGUAGAUAAAUUUGCCAUGAAAAUUUUUAGCUAGCACCAGUAAAAACCAGUAAGUGAAUAAAUCAUUUUUUUUCCAGCCAACAGCAUUGAAUAAUCAAGUAGAGAAUGUUUGACUCAGCCAGGUAGUUUUCUACAAGAAGAAAAUCACUUAGCAGAGCACAUCACUUCCCCUGCCUUCCCCACCUCCAAGGAGCAUGGUCUGCUCUGCAUUUCAGCAGCUAGGUUUGUACAGAGCAGAGGGAGAAAGAAAAGAAGGAACUGUGCCCGUCUGCACAGAUAGUGAUGAAAAUAUCUCAGCCAGGUCUGCACAGCUGUGGGAGUGGAUCUGCAUAAAGCAGACAGAGGUCUUCAGUGAGGGAGAGGAGAGAGAUCUUUUCCCAGAGUGUUUUUGCCCGGAGGAGGGAGAACUGUUCCUGUUGCUCCCGCUGCUGUGUGGUUGUGCUGCUGAUUGCAUGCUGGUCUGGUUUGCAAGGGGUGGUGCGGACUGGUUCUGGCUCAGGUGCCUUUGAGGCUGGAGAAGCAGCAUAUUGGAUGGCACACCUGUCUGGCUGCUGUCUGCUUUUAUUUUUUUCCUUAAUGCCACUUAUACGGGAGCACCUAUUUUCAUUGGUCCCUCUCUUCAUUCUCCUCUUUCAUCAUUUUCCACUUAUUUUCUGCUGCUCAUACUUUAUUCAUGCCUAAGUUAUAGUAUUUUUGUGAUUGUUUUUCUUUUUUCACCUGAGUGAUGGGGGAGGAGCCUCAUUCCAGCUCAGAAGAUCUUCUGCAUGGGCGACAGAACAGCACAGAGUGGCAGGAGGACUCCUGCUCUCCUGCUUCUCCAUUUCCUCUCCUCUUACAGAUUUGUCUUUGCAGUUUAUGUUUUUCCUUAACUCUUGAUCUGCUCAGGCACAAGAUCAGGAUGCCCCACGAUGGUACUUAUUUAUCAUGAGUACCAUACAUUCCAGAUACUUGGGGGGAGUGCUGCCUAUAUUCGACUUGAAUUUUGCAGAAAUCCCUCUUUUAGUAGCAGCCAACACACCUUGCCAUGCCAAGAGGUGGUGGUAGUUCCCAGCUGGCCCUCUGGCAUGACACACACUGAAGUAGAAAAGAAGCAGGAUAUGUGAGGGGGAGAGGUGUGUUAAGGGAGGCCACAGCUGUUGUUCUUCUGCAUAUCCAGAUAGCUGCUGGCUGAGCUUGGAAUUCUGUUUGCUUACCAAACAGGUCCUUCAGGAUGGGCUGGCAGAGGGCACUGCAGGAGGGCUGCUGUGUGCUGACAGGAGUGUGUCUCGCAGCAUUCCUCAGGGAGCCGUGGUGCAGGGACUGCAAACUUCCUCAAACAGCUCUGCUGACUCACCUCAAUCCCACCCCCGGAGCUCCUUCCCCUCCUGCAUUGCUGGGCAGCAAUAAUCUCCGAACAGCAAAUACGAGGAGAGGACCAAACUGAAUGCCUAGGAGUUGCAAAGUUCCUUGCAGUUGCAAAUAAUCUGGUUAAUAUGCUCUUGGCAAGUCAGCAUGAUCUGCAUUCAAAGUGGGAGUUUGUCUUUUCUCUCAGGUAACAGCAAAAGGUUGUGGCCUCUCAGAAGAGGUGAUGGCCAGACAGAAGAUUUGUGGAGAUCCCAUAAGGAAGAGUUUGAAGGAGAGGAGAGAGUGCAAUCGUUCAUCUGCAGCAGUCUCUUAUGGGAUCUCUGGCAACACAGCACCAACUUUCCUACAUGAGCACUAUGAUAUCAUGCUAACUCUCCUUAAAAACUGUUGGGUUACACACAAGAACAGGUCCAAUAGUGCUGCCCAGCACCCAAAAAUAAGCAGAAAAACAAGCAGAAAAGUUUUUUUUUUCCUUUUUCUUGCAUACACGCACACACAAUGAUAGAAUGAGAGGGAAUGUUUUCAAGUUGUGUCAGGGGAGGUGCAGGUUGGGUACUGGGAAACAAUUAUUCUCAGAAGGAGUGGUGAGGCAGUGGUACAGGCUGCCCAGGGAGUUGCUGAAGUCACAUCACUGGAGGUAUUCAAGAGCCACAUGAAUGAGGCCAGUAAUGUGGUUGCCCUUUUGGAUGGGUUAAAGCAGACUCUUAAGAGGGUACUUCUGGGGAUGGUUCUUCAGGGGAGCAAGAAAAGCAGCAGGCAUUGGUACUUUCUGGUGUGCACUGCCAGGACAGGGGCAUGAGGGGUGGCCAGCUGGGCUGCAAGCAGAGUUGCUGUAUGGGACAGAUUCUCUUCUGGUCUUUGUUGGAAACAAAUCCUGAGGCACUCUAAGUCUUGAACCAUGGUCAGUUUUGCUCCCUGCCACAAAAUACUUGAAGACAUUGUGGAGCAAUACUAAGAAGUAAUGUAUGACAGCACAGUAGUGUAGUUUCCCAUGCGGUGCCUUAAACUUGUUUUUGCUCUGAAGGAAUGGGUACGUACCCUGUACCAAAUGUGGUUUGCAAUAGACUAACUUGCAUGCUCCUUGUUCUCAUGAGGCUCUGUGGAGAUUUACCAUAGGACCACGACAUCCUGUAUAAUGCUGUGUCUCAGCAGGUUAAUUUCUGAGUUUUCUGCUCCUCCUCAAAGAGUAACCUCCUGAUUUUCUCUCCAGGGCCAUCAUGUCACACAGAGGUGGAUAUUCUCCUGUUCCUCUUCCGUACAUGUGGUCCUGAGGGAGGAGAUGCUGGACUGGGCAAGGUGUCCUAUGCUACCCCAGAUUUGCAGUUCACUAUCUGCAUAACGAUGGUUUGUUUGCCCUCAUAACACUGAGAAGACACAAUAGCUUAAAAGGCCUAGUUUUGCAAAGAUGUAAUUAAAACAGCCAAACUUCACAUAGGCACUCUCUAAAUCAGGUUUGCACUGAUUGAUGUUGUUUUCACUGCACUGUAGAUGUUCGAUGUUGUAUAGCUAUAAACAACACAAGGCAUGUAAUGUAGGAGAGUUACAAAUGCUACUUGGAGCUGCCUGCCUCGGUGGUAGUUCACAGUGGUUUGAACUGGUGUCUUUAGAGGAUAAUGCAACAAAAUUUACACAGUGCUUAUCUGCAAGAGUGCUUUAUUGCCAGGCCAAUCAUAGCUUUUCCUUAGACUCUGCCCUAGUGACCAGGGUUACCACCAAUACCUUUUACAAUUCAUUUUUACAGAGAAUGAUGUAACAUCUUUUUGACUCAAAUGAUGCAAAUGAAUAAACAAAUUUUGCUCUGAUCCAGCUUAAUUUCAGGAGAUAAACUGAAAAACAAGACCAAAUGUGAUUAACUUGGAUUACUUUGCCUUUGCCCAUUCGGUCUGGGUGCAAGCAGCAGUGGUAAAGGGAGAGCCACUUUGCAGAGUAUGUACCCAGUCGUGCCUAAAAUACUAUGGGCCUGCUGAGCUGGAAUUAUAAUUGGUUUAACACUUUUCUUUUUUGUCUCUCCCAAAAGAAUACUAAAAGUGGGUUUUAAUUUACCUUCAAUUAGCAUUUCCUUGGGUUUCACCCUGUAAGCUGUUAACAUCUCAACAAGCCGCUGUCGCUCAGUAGAAAUUACACACAUCUAAGUUUUUCUGCUGCAUCAUAGUAAGCUGCGUUGUAACAGUUAAGACAAAUAAACACUGGUUCAGUUUGCCUUGCUUGCCAUGUUGGUGAACAUUACUUCCAUCUCUGUGAAAGUGUUCCAGUAUGAGCCCAGUGUCAGCUGUGCCAUGUGCUGGACCCAAGUGGGUUGCCUCUGGCUGGUGUACAAGUGCAAAUUCUGCUUCCCACAUGCAUGAUGACACUGCAGGGCACAUUUCUGGGCACUCUGCAGCUGAGCAGUUUGCAAGCAGGAACAUUUUUUUCUCAUGAAGGUAGAUUUCUGCACAGUCAGCCGAGUGCAGCAAGUAGUGACCAUGGCAGUAACAGUUUUUCUGCGGUCAUUUUCAUACUUCCCCAGAUCUUUGCUGGUUACCCAAAAUACACGUAAUAUGUAAACACACACACGUUAUUAACUCUUUUCUUGGUUCCGUGUUUCCAUGGCAGAACAAAUUUGCCCAAUUCCAAGUAUGCAUUUUCUAAUGUGCUUCUGCCUUCAACAGCACCCUCCUCCCCAUGCUUUCCUCAGCUGGCCAAGCUCUGAUCAUAACUUUCAACAGGUUCAGUGCUCUCUGUGAGAUCAUGAGGCUCAGGAACAAUUCCUGCUAAAGAAGCCUCUCUUACAGGUUUUGCCAUCACUUUAGUUCCAGUAACACUGAGUUAUGCUGCCAUGAGAUGAGUCAAAAUGCCGUUUGCUUGGAUAGUAUUCAGAGACAGAGAGAAGAAAAAAGCCUAUAUUCUGAUUGUGUGAGCUUCGCAGGUUUUGAUGAGCGAUUUGCAAACCACAGGAGAGCUGCAGAACUCUUCUGCAGGCUCCCAAAAGCUGAAACAUCCACACUUGGGUAGCAGUGCUCUGCUCUCACCUAUGGGCUUCAAUCCAGUGUGCAUGUUUCAGCUUUUGAGAGCCUGCAGAAAAGUUCUGCAGCUCUCCUGCAGCAGUUUCUCUUCCAGCUCAGGCUUCCCUUAGUCCCACCCAGGAGGGCUUCUGCUGCUGACAAAAGGUGCUCUUCAUCAAGAACAUCCUGCAUCUUUCUCUGCACCAAAGACUUGAUGCAUGGCUGAAGUCCAUCGGGGGUGUGAAACUCUCCCUUUGUUUGUCUUUUGGUGUAAUUGAACAGCUUUUACAGUUGCACAAAGCAAAUGGCUAUAAGAGUCUGAAGGUGUAAAGCUGCUCAGAAUGGCAGGGUGGAAAAUACAUAAAACCCGGCUAUUUCCUGGGUGGAAGGAAAUAGUGCUAUAAUGAAUUUAACAAUCAGUCCCUACUCUGGUCCAAAAGGAAAUAAAAGGAAAUUCACAGAACAGAGCAAUAGUCACAGUAAGCAUUUUUAUUGGUAAAAAUUUCCAGUUAGGGCUCUUGGCAGCUGCUAAUUGCCUUAAGUCUCAGUGCCAGUGAAUUGAGAUUUCAUCCAUAUUUAUAUCUUGGCUAAUGUAACUCUGGAAACUCCCAAUAGCCAGCUGAUUGCCUAAUUCUUUCUUGAAUCCUGCUGAGCUCGUGGUCUUUAGGAUGCCUUCUGACGAACUAUAACCACAUGUAUAACCACAUGUACAAACUAUAAACACAUGCAUGUGUACUCACACGAUGUGCAUGUGUUUCCCUUGUAUUUGUUCCAUGUCAGUUUUCUUUGAACAUCCCUUGUUCUUGCAUUAUAGAUGCAAGGGAUAAAUAAAAACCCAACUUGUCUCCUCUGAGUCAUUCAAUACUUUGCGUCCCUCCCAGUGAAUGCUUGGACCUGAUAUUGUGCAUGUGUAUAUUGUAGCAGUGCGGUGUGUGCUGGUUAUGAGAUGUGGCCACUCUCCAUUAAUUCCUUCAGCAGUGUUCUCACAUGUGGGAGAGACAGAUGAUGUGGAACAUAUUACUUUAGAAUUGUUUCAGAACGGCAUUUUGCUUAAUUAUGAACUAGGCAAGGGGGUGUAGAGCAAACAAAGGCAAAACAGAUGCUACAGGGAGGGAUGUCGGUGGAGGCAAGCUAAGGAAUGCAGCCUUAUCUCAAGCCACUCCAGGCACUCGUGCUCACUUAUUGGUUCAAACCAUGCCACUACUGCAAGGAAUAAAACCUGCAAGUCACAGUAACUCAGCAAUCGGGGUGUAGAAUAUUAUAAUAACUCCUUGGAACCAGUUGUAAUAUCCCCUCUGAUUCUAAUUGUAAUAUCAGAAUAAUCUAUGCUCAGUUUCUAAGAAUCAAUUGUAAUAUCCCCUCCUAUUCUUACAUAUGUAUAACUUGUCUCUAUAAAUACGCUUAAACUGUCCCUUUAUGGUGUGCAGGUUAGGAGAGGCUACUCCCUCUGCACCCAGCAUGUGUGCACAGUGCUGUAAUUAAAGAUAUACCUGCUUUAUAACAACUUUGUAGUUAUGGAGUUUGAUUUUCCACAAGUCAGUAUUGGUUGCAAGAUACAAGAACGUCAGUGCUAUCCAGGUGAUUUCUUUCUUAACCUGACCUUUCUCCACACCACACCAGAAGCCGGUGGUCUGGAAUGAUAGUUUUAAGCAGGUAACUGUCACCUUGGCUUUUCUGUUGGUUCACCUAGAAACAGAAUGUUUGAUGCUGGGUGGAGCUGACCAGGACUGAUGUACAUAUAGGAUUUUUGGAGCGCUGGAAAGCAUAUUCACUUGUUUUGCUUUGUUUUUCUUUUUCCGGCCUCUCAGUUGCACCUGUGAAAGAAGUAGCUUUGUUCAGCCAGGUGUGAUAUCGGUUGUUCUUGGUGGGUAGGGAGACGACUGGGCAGAGUGACAAGGUGGGCUGCUAGAGAGAUCACAAUCCAAUUUCCUGCUUCCUGCAAAGGAAGAGCUGAAGAGAGAAGGAAGAAGACGACAGAAAGAGCCACGUCUGAAAACUGUGAAGAGGUGCAGAGAAGCUCCAGCACUUGAAAGAUUUGAAGGUUUGAAGGAUUGAUGUUCUGCGUGGAAGCAUAGCUCCUGUUGAGUGCAGAUUAGCAGUACCUUCAAGAAAGAAAUCUGGACUUCGGACAUGUCAGACUCUUCUGGGAAGGGACAGGAAGGAAAUUCAUUUCUUUUUGGAUUUCAUCAUCCAGUCCCAGUGUUAAAGACAGUGAGGAUGCUCUGACCGAAUUCCAAAGCUUUCAAAAUGAAAAGGCAUAAGUUUCCCUACCGGUGUCCCACAAGAAAAAAGAUUCUGAUCCUGUGUUUCACAGGGUGGGUGAUUGCACUCCUGAAGCUCCUCCAUGUUGAGAGACACUUUUUUCCACCUAAGAGUAUUUAUCUGGUUGAGCACUUCUUGAGCACUUCUUCGUAUGUCAGAAACAGAUAUUCCUAUCUUAGAAACCACUUCCAGUAUGAAAUUAACUGUUCAUCUAUAUAUGAGCAAGAUCCCCAGGAAAUCGGCAAGAGUUUAGAGAUAAGAAGGAAAGAUAUAAUUGAUUUAGAUGAUGAAGAUAUCAUUGCAAUGACAAAUGAUUGCGACAUGUAUCGUACACUGAGGAAAUACCAUCUGAUACCUGUUUCUCCAGAGGAAGAGAGUUUUCCAAUAGCCUAUUCUUUUGUUGUCCACAAAGAUGCAGUGAUGGUUGAAAGGCUCAUCCAUUCACUGUACAGUCAUCAAAAUAUAUACUGCAUUCACUAUGACCGAAAAGCAGCAAAAAAUUUUAAAUCUGCUAUGAACAACCUAGCUAAAUGUUUUCCCAACAUUUUCAUUGCGUCAAAACUGGAGAUGGUGAACUAUGCACAUAUUUCAAGGCUGCAAGCAGAUUUAAAUUGUUUGUCUGAUCUGAUGAACUCUGCGGUUCCCUGGAAGUAUGUUAUUAACUUGUGCGGCCAAGAUUUCCCUUUGAGAUCCAAUUUCCAGUUGGUUGCUGAACUGAAGAAACUCAGUGGGGGAAACAUGCUGGAAACUAUAAAGCCCAGUAGUAGCAAAAGAGAACGAUUUACUUAUCAUUAUGAACUUAUGAAAGUGCCUUACGAGUACAUGCAGAUGCCUGUGAAAACCAACAUUUCCAAGAACCCACCACCUCAUAAUAUUGAGGUAUUUGUUGGCAGUGCCUAUUUUGUUUUAAGUCGAGCUUUCAUUCAGUACACCCUUAGCAGCUCUCUUGUAAAAGACUUUUUUGAUUGGUCGAGGGAUACUUACUCUCCAGAUGAACAUUUCUGGGCCACUCUUGUGCGUGUUCCUGGAGUGCCUGGGGAACUUCCGAGGUCCGCCCAAGAUAUAACAGACUUGCAGAGCAAAACUCGUUUGGUGAAAUGGAAUUAUCUUGAAGACCAUUUGUAUCCUCCAUGCACUGGUACCCACCUUCGUAGUGUCUGCAUCUACGGGGCUGCAGAAUUAAGAUGGCUUAUGAAUUAUGGGCACUGGUUUGCCAAUAAGUUUGACUCCAAAGUAGAUCCUGUCCUGGUAAAAUGCUUGGCAGAAAAACUGGCAGAACAACAAAAAGAGUGGGUUUAUUUGUCUUCUGACAAACAUUUUCUGCGUAUCAAUCCUGCAAAUGCCUCUCUAUAGCAGUGCUGUUCUUCCAGCUGCUGGUACUGUGUAUUGCUAUAGCUUGGAGCCUGGGAUUCUCCAGCCCUGACCUGCUGCAGAGGAGUUCCUUCUGCAUUAAGUUCAGGACUUUGAAGAGAGAGGUAUCUGGACACUAUUUGUGAAAUUAGCAAGUCUCUGGUUGACUGCUUUAUAACUUGCCACAAAAAUCCCAUAACUAUUCUUCAAGGCGAUUCUGGAAGGGUAAGGCUUGCUUUUGGAGGCCCUGGUACUGUCUACCCUAAUGGAAUACUUCAGAAACCUGUUUUACAUUGUGUGUUUGUGUCUUUCCUAAGAAACCCCACCACGCUUGUUCUCCUGUCCCCUUUUCCUGCACUUUUUCAAUAAGGUAUGAAACAAAGACCUCUGCAUCUGCUACCUCAGGAAAACUGGAAGUGCCCAGCUUGCAGACACAACUAAGAGAGCAGUGUGACUCCACUGGGCCAUGCUGCAGCCUGGAGUGCCCCACUUCCCACCUGCAGGUGCUGACAGGGCUGCAAUGUGAACUCUUCUGGAUGGCACAAGGGGAGAAAUACCCUUGGAUGCCACAAUAGCAUUGUGUCCUUCUCCCAGCUUGACUGUGCAUGGUUUUUCUUUCUGUGUUUGGGACUGUGCUGUGCCUGUGGAAUGGGUGGUGGUGGAUUGAAGCAAGCCGCGUGAACACAUGUGAAUAAUGCUCUACUGUUCUUCAAGGGCAGUACAGGUAACCAUGCCAAAUGAUGUCUGUCUUCAUUUCUAUCCCUGCCAAUAGAAAUAUCCUCCUGUGAAAUCCCUGUUCUUCUGAGACAGCAUUUUUACAUGCAGUGGCUAACAAGUGCUAUUUAUAAUCAGUAUUCAGCUUGGUGGUGCUAUGCUGAAAUGCAAAGCACGCAGCAAUCACACAAACAGUCACACUGCAGACAAGAAGGCCUUGCAUAUGCAUCCAUGGUCCCAGGCUGAUUUGUGCCCAGGGAAGUUCUGCUUCAAAGCAGGAUAGCACUGGAGUAGCUGUGCCCCAAGGCAACCCAUGCUGCCCAUGGUCCCUUCCUCUCAGCUGGGCUGUCACGUAGUAUAAUGGGAUUGUUGGUCAGCACAAAACCUUUGUGACAAAGAAAUGGGGAUUCUCCAGAAUUUUGCUGUGCCACCAGCUCAGUGUUGGUGGUUCCAGUGGGCCUUGUGGCUAUGCUUGCUCCAUGCUACUGUGCCAUUUCUGCUUAUUUAGCGCUUAUCAAGGUAUCUAGUGUUACUGAUCCUCAGAUUGCCACAGCAAUGGUCAUGUCUUGUGCCCACAAGAAAGCUUAGUUUCUUCUUUGAGUUUUAGGAACCAACUCAUUCCUUUGUCUCUGUUUUUUGAAAAAUCAGCUUUUUAAAUUUCAGCCGUGGUCAACAUGCUUGUGGCUUGAGUUUGGGCUUGAAUGAAGAGUCCAUACCUUUUCUCCAUUUGUGACACUGAUUUCCUUUGAGCCUUCAGACAAAUCAUCUGACUUCUGUUCCAGCUGUAAAAUGGGAACAACAAUGCUCUGCGACCUUGUCAAGCAUUUAGAAACCUAUGGAUGUUUUUUGUGGGCUGGUUGCACAGUACUAAUUGUUGAUCAAAGCUAUUUACGAUUAAGUCUGUGUGUGCACAAGUUGAUUAUUUCUCUUAUGUACUGUUUCUCAAAUAAAUGGGGAUUAUUUUUUA